UCAGUAUGAGAUCAGCGUGUAUUGUAUUCACAGCGCGGCACGCCUAGGGGGCCAGGCCAGACCUGAAAAACCAGCCGCCUCCUUCUCUCCGAUUCACCACAGUAGAGCGCGCCACACACACCUGUCAGCCAGGUACACACAACAAACUCGAACACGAUUUUCUCCAUGUCUUUCUGAUAAAUGGUCCUUUUUUCUUUGGUGUUCUUUUUUAAUCAGCCACACAGCCUUACUGGACUAUGCCCUGUUCUGUGGACUGAGGGGUUUGCACUGUGGGGAGACAUUUUUCCACAAGCAGGUGCGAUCGAACAGCACACUGGUGAAGAUGCAAGCCAACACAGCUUCUCCCGUGACCAACCUCACCACGGCCACGACCAAAUCGCGAGAACAAAUCCUCAUGCAGAGUGCAGGCGCCAUGAUCGCAAUUAUUGUUAUCGGCAUCGUCCUCAUCCUCAGCAUACUACUCAUCAUACUGAAGACAUAUAACAAGAAGAUGCACACAAGGAGGAUACUCAAUGGGACUUCCACCAAACCACGUAAAAACACGACCUCAACAACAAUGACGACACUGCAGAUGGAGAACAUGCGAGGCAGUGCCAACAUGCGAGGCAGCGCCAACAUGGGAGGCUUAGUACACUUGCCCAACAUCUCGGAGAACGGGUUCCAUUUACCACGAGCCGAGGUGGCUAACACGGCUGAACGAAUCAGCAUGAACAGUGGCUCCACUGUGGUCACGAUACAUAACACGCCAUCGAUCGAAAAUACGUAAAAAAACAAACAAAAAAAACAACAACCAAUAUGUGACUUCAAUGGGCUCCAUUGUGCUGUGUGAUGAGAAAACACACCCCCACAACGAACAAACUGAUCAGAGGAUGAUGACCAGGACAUGGAAAAACAAAAGACAGACCAAACAUUGAAUUACUGGCAUGUUGAGACAAACAUGAGCACCUCUGAAGGCCGAAUGUAGUCAAUGGACCACUGGGUCAGACUGUGGUCAAAUGGACCACAGGGACUCUCAGAGCUAAGCGUGGGCAAAUGGACCACUGGGGACAUUUAGGGUUCAUUAUAGUACUGAGAAAACCAUUCCACCAGGACCAGUGGCCAUUUCACCUAAUAAUCCUACUUUGUGGUCUCUGGAAAAUGAAACUAUCCAGUUUUAUAAUAGGGACCUCACAUGUCAUGACUGAACAAGUAAUACAGUGUGUGGUAUCACAUAUAAACAGUUUCCUGUGAGUCCAAGUGCAAAGACAGUAAUAAAAAGAGUGAAGGUUGUAACGUGUAACUAUUGCACUAACAAUAACUGAUGUUUCCCUUUACUUAAAACUAAGAUCAACAGAAAACCCUUUUAGUCUAAGGGCAGUUGUUAAAUGGUCAGUAGAUGUUUAAUAUGCCACCACAGCAUUGCUGAAUUCUCGAACCAGAAGAAGCUGUAACAAACAAAAGGUGUAUAUUAACACAUCUGUGUACAUCAUUCUAAUAGGUUGUCGUUUCUAUAGCAACAGCUCAUUCACACAUUAAAAAUGUGUUGUUAUUUAAAUGUA